GUCACAAUUUUGACUUCAUCAUAAGGAAUCACCCUAGCAAUUGCUCAUGCAAUACCGCGAGUCGGAACGGCCAGAAGGUAGACGAAUUCGUUCUGGCUGGUAUACAUGGAUGUAUGAACAUACAGCGUACGCAAAUAAAAGAACAAUGGCAAAACUACAAGCAACCAGACUUACGCGUCUGCAAUGGACCCUGGUCCCUUCCAGGGACAUGGCGCUUUCAGUUGGUGCACGACCUGGACCCUCGUGCCAAGCAACCCUCGUAGCAUGGACGACGGGAAGUAUUUCCCGUCCUUGGAGAUGAAUAUCUCCGUCGCGGUAAAAGUGACAUGAAUCGCUCCAGUCCUCUUCUCUCC